UGGCAGCAAGAUCUCAUCUCCGCAGCAGGGAGCUAUAGCGCGUGGAAAAUGGUCAAGAACCACCCGGGCAGCGGCACUAGCAGGUGCGACGCUGCGGCGGCUAUGGCAGAGAGCGGUGGUGGGGGUGGGACGGCAGCGCUGUGCGGCGGCGGGAGUAGGCAGCCGGCGAUGGCGGCGAGGCAGUUCAAGGGGGUGCGGAUGCGGAGCUGGGGGUCGUGGGUGUCGGAGAUCAGGGCGCCGCACCAGAAGCGCCGGAUCUGGCUCGGCUCCUACGCCACCCCGGAGGCCGCCGCGCGCGCCUACGACGCCGCGCUCCUCUGCCUCAAGGGCUCCGACGCCGUCCUCAACUUCCCCUCGUCGUCCUCCGCCUCACCCUCGUCGCCGCAUUCGCUUCCCUCCCCCGCCAAUCGACACGCCGACGACCUGUCCCCGAGGUCCAUCCAGCGCGCGGCCGCCGCUGCGGCAGCGGCCUUCGAGGCCACCAGGAUCGUCGUGGACGACAGCUGCUCUUCCAGCGCGGAGGCGACGACGCCGACCUCGUUCUCAGUGUCCACGCUGGGGAGCGCCGACGUCCAGGAGCACGCCACGUCUUCGAUGUCCGCCGCGGCCAGCGCUGGCUCGCCGGUGGGAGAUCAGGACGAGCUGUGGACGGAGCUGGACGCGUUCGCGUCCCCCAAGCUCAUGGACCUCAUCGCCGCCGGUCACGCCACGCCCUUCUCUUGCACCUGGGAGGAGCCCGAGGAGGACGGCGACAUGAUGAGGCUCUGGAGCUUCUGCUAGAGUGAAGCGUCCACCGUCUGCAGUGGGUCGACAUUGAUAUGCGCAUCCAUGAGUCGAUCGCCAUUGAUCAUUGGUUUUUUCUAUCUCCCAUGGAGGCUAGCUAGGUGCAUGCAUGGAUCCUCUCUACUAGGCUCUAGCUAGGUCUCACUCCAAGUCUGCUUCCAUAGAUUCUUUCUUUCAUUUAGUAAGAACAUAAUACUUAUACAAUAUAUACUACUAUAUGUUUUGUGUGUUUAUUUGGCUAGCCGUCAGUAAUACUGCUACUACUACACUGUAUGUCUGUAUGGGUUGAUGAGUGAGACUGGCUGCAUUGGAUACCUGUUGGAUUUGUUCCGUUUUGCUUCAA